UCCAGAUCUUCGAACAAUCGCGGUGGAGUUUUAGUCCAGCUGAUUCCAGAAGUUGCAUCACCGCAAAAUGCCUUCAGGCGAUUCAAAUCGGCAAGAUGGAGACGCCGGAUAUACAACACCGCUGGCCGGGCGGCGAUCACCUUCUCCUUCGUUCUCCGAAAAUUGGAAGGAGCGUAUAUUAAUCCCCACAGUUCUGGCAGGGCCCUUUUGGGUUUUGAUCGGCAGGAGCUGGUGGCGGAGGAUUCGGGUUGGUAUCUAAGCAACGGACAGUGCAAGGGUUCCCUCACGUUUCUGCUGCUUACGCUGCUAAUUUCGCCAUCGUCACUGGUUGCUACUGCGGAGGCCCAGGACCAUUUCGAGUUGAAGACAUGUAAUAGUGAGAGUGCAAGGGAGUUCGUAAGAGUAACACGUAAAUCAGACCCUGAUGAUCUGCUGAACUCUGCCAUUGCUGGUUUCAGUACUGGUGCUCUUCUUGGACGUUUUCAAGCUGGCCAACUCGGCGCUAUUCGCUACUCUUUCAUCUUCGCUGUCGCGGGGACCUCAGUUGAUUUCGCUACCAUAAAACUCAGACCGAAACUAAAGAGUCUAAAAGAAUCCAUAUUUGGCAGCGAGGAAAACAAAGACGGUGGGUGGAAGUUACCUGAGUGGUUUCCCAUACAAGUGCUCGACGAGGAAGCCCUGGCUAAGAAAGAAGCUAGAGAGAAACAACUUCACGCACAAAGAGCAGCUCUUGCAAAACUAACGAAAGGAGAGUCUUAAAAAAGCAAGAACCCUUUUUCGUAAUUUUGUCGGAGUCCCAGUUGUUUACUUGUUUUAGCUGUCUGGCUUUCACUGCAACUGUAACUCAGCAAGCUGUGAGUUCUCUUAUUGUACAAAAGAAGUUGCAAGCCAUAAUAGAUUAUUCGACUUCACUAUACUGGCAUACGAUACUUCCAGCAAGAGUGGAAUGUAUCGAGUUUUUUGCUGGGCUCGUGGUUCGACUUCUGUGAUGGAUUCACAAGUAUCUAGUGUGUUACUAAAGGUAAAUUCGAGACAUGGAGUAGUUUGGAUUCCGAUCAGGAGUAAGUUUUUGUUCUGAU